GUCUAGCGGCGCUCCUCGUGUCUCUCUCACUCGGUAGCGUUCUAUUUGCCUGCGUCGCUCGAGAGUCGAGUGUCGACCAACAUGAUUACGCGAGGUGGGAACGUAGAGUACAGUGCUGUGCGAGUGAAUUGUAAUAAGUUAACUAUUAUUUACUGUUGAUUGCCAAUGCGUGGAAAAGUUUGAAGUAGUGACACGGUCCAGUGUAGAGAAGAAGUAUUUCUGAGUGAUUAAAAUGUGGAUAUAGAACAUCAGUGCAGUAAAUAAAUAAAUGAGAAACAACGGCGCGUCAUCGGGGUACGAGUGAUAAAAAACCUUAUUACUUCGGAUAUUGGAUUCAAGUUAUCGUGCUCGCUGCUGUCUCUUGGAUAUGAAAAAUAUGAAUGUGAACGUUGCGUUCAUAUCUUGUACAGAAUUGUUUCAAUUGUACGUAUUUAAGACGUACCGAGUAUACACAAUGAGUCAGGAGAAGUAGAGAACUACAUACGAACUCGAGAGGCCGUUAAGAAUAAACCUUUUAAAACAGAUGAUGGAAGACCGGGAAGAUAAAACAGAGCUGGCGGGCACCGAUGAUACGCGGUCGAUGGAAAUGGAGAACAAUAAAGAAGAAGCUCGCUCUUCUGUGAUAAAAAACGAUAAAAGUGACAGUGACGCUAAUAGUGACGAUUCUAGUGAUAACCUAAAUGAUGAUCAAAACGAUGUAAAUAGUAAUGUCUCUCAGUUUUAUGAGAGUAGUGACAGUAAAGUAGAUUACGCGGUUAAAAUAGACGAUAAUGACACUCUGAGUGAUAUAGAAGACAUUAAAACGGACACCGCCUCGGCGGAUAGUGAAGAUUCGGCACUCGGAAGUUUACCUCCGGAUGUAGCAUUACACGAGAGGGAAGAGGACGGGGCUGACAGAUCAGAUGGUAGUGACUCUGGUUUAGGAUCUGAAACAAACGAGUUUAUUAAGCUACCCCAAUUAGAAAAUAUGCCUGCCCAAGACGAAAAACCAGAAAUAAACUCCGAAGACAUGCCGGCUGAAGGUAGCCAUAAACUUGAAGAUACCAAGGAUGAUACACACAGGGUCAACAUUGAAAAACCACGAAAAAGUAACCUUAAAAGAAAGUAUGAUAACGAGAUUAGCGAAAAUAUACAACCAAAAAGAAGAAAAGGAAACAUAACCUUCGAUAACGUUACUGUUUAUUAUUUUCCGAGAUCACAAGGUUUUACUUGCGUGCCAUCACAAGGCGGAUCCACGCUGGGAAUGGAAUGGGAACACAGUCACACACAAAAAUUCACCUUAACUGAGCAUGCUCUGGAGCAGAGAAGGUUACAUAGACAAAUACUACAACAGCUAAAAAGCGAAAGACAUUCCGGUCAAGGGGAGUCAAUGUCCUCUAGUGAAGAUAGUGACACGGAAGAAGAGACCAGUGAUAUUUCAGAAUCAGAGCUCGAUUUAGAUAGCUACUAUUUUCUUCAGCCUGUUCCUACUAGACAAAGGAGGGCACUGCUAAGAGCUGCAGGCGUAAGAAAAAUUGAGGGUUACGAGAAAGACGAAUGUAGAGAUAUAAGGACAUCUCGGGAAUUUUGUGGUUGUGCGUGUAAAGGAGUUUGUAAUCCGGAAAAUUGUUCAUGUAGUUUAGCGGGCAUUAAAUGCCAGGUCGAUAGACUGAAUUUUCCGUGUGGUUGUACUAGAGAUGGUUGUGGUAAUACUACCGGCAGAAUAGAAUUCAAUCCACUGAGAGUUAGGACGCACUUUAUAAAUACUUUAAUGAGAGUAAGUUUAGAAAAGAAAAACGAGGAGCAGCAGGCAGCCAAGAGACAAUGGGCCGAAGCACAUAGUACAACUUCAGGUACAGGCAUACCCCAUACAAAUAUAGCUUACGAUAAAACAUGUCAUACUCAAGAUAACAGUACUGGAAGAGUAAUCAGUACUUUGUCGAAUAAAAUUUGCGAAACCAGCCCAGAAACAUUUAACAACAUGCAUUGCAAUCAACACACCUCAAACGCUUCUGCUGCUAGUGUUCAAAACGAAUCUUCCUUUAGUUUUCCGAGAAGAGAGCACAACGUAAUUAGCUACGAAGGUAAAUCUGAUCCUCGGUGUCAUGACACGUACACCUCCAACAUUCUACAGGGAAAGGGCCCGCCCUACGCAUCGUCCGCGGUAGCCGAAUAUAACCCGGUACCGAGCAACACGCAAAGGUACCACUGCGAUCUCAACUACAUGUACGAACAACAUUCGACGGAGAACCACCAGUACAAGGGAAUACAUUCAUUUUCGGCGAGCAGCUUCGAGGAGUUCGCGCACAGCUCGCACAUCUCUAUGUUCAAUCACUACGGCCACAUGUACAUGCCCGACUAUCUGCAAAAACAAAACUCGAUCGUUUCCGAGCACACCGCACAAUAUCCGAUGCACCAAAACCACUACGACGUAUAUAGAAAUAGUUCGGAUAGUUUCGGGAGCAGCGAAAAUAAAAGCGAUUCUCAUUACACGACUCUCAUGACGUUGCCAUAUCAACAGAACAACAAAUUACAGCCGCUAGACAAUGAUGAGAAUUGGUUUUGUCAGAAUAAGCUAAUGAACCUAGAUAACUUCGACCAAUCGGCCCAGGACGCGCCGCAGCAGCAGGCCAGCCCGGCCCAACCGACCACUGAAGCUAACGCUAGUGAAACCGAAAAUUUAGGGGAACUUAUUAAAAAAACUAUGGUCGAGUCUGUUACUGUGUAGAUGAAUCACUUGUUGUAUUCUUAUCUUUAAAUAAUUAUCUUGUUAUUAAUCAUUUGGACACAUUAAUUAAAUUAAAUUAAAUAAAAACUUUAUUUAAUGUA